CUCCUCCAUCCAGCCUCGUCUCCAGCACAGAGCCGCGCGCGGGGUUGUCAUCUGCAGUCAGUCAGCCCGACUGCAGCAGUGCGAGCUUGUCUCCAACUCUCAGCGGAUCUUUGAGGAUGUACGCUCACAAGUGGAGGGUGAUUUCACUCCGGCGCAACCAUGAGCCCACGCGGCUGGUUAAGUGAGGAGAACAGGUCCAAAAGUGCGCCCGGCGACCACUGACCGCCGUCUCCGAUGUGGAGCUGCUCGCUGUCCGACGCGCUUCUGGUGCUGAAAUUUGGAUGAUGUCCGGCCAGCGACUGCAGGGCUGCCGCUCCCUGCACCUCAACGAGGACAACGGCCGCUUCGUGCUGCUGGCCAUCCUCAUCCUCGUGUACCUGCUGUGCGGAGCUGCGGUCUUCUCGGCCAUCGAGAGGCCCUCGGAGCUGCGGGCUCACGGACGCUGGAACGGGACGCUCCGCAACUUCAGCGAGACCUUCAACAUCAGCCUGCAGGAGCUCAACUCCUUCCUCAGGCAGUACGAGGCAGCCAUCGCCGCCGGGAUCCGGGCGGACGCGCUCCGACCACGAUGGGAUUUUACUGGAGCUUUUUAUUUUGUUGGAACGGUGGUGUCGACUAUAGGCUUUGGGAUGACAACGCCAGUGACAGUUGCGGGAAAAGUGUUCUUGAUCUUCUACGGGCUGAUGGGUUGUGCUGCCACCAUCCUCUUCUUUAAUCUCUUUCUGGAGCGCAUCAUCACCCUGCUGGCUGUGGUGAUGAAGGCUGUGCGGGAACGUCGUAUCCGGAACAGUGGUAUCCUCCCUCCAGGAAUCCGACACGACUUCUCGGCCUAUUCGCUGCCUGGCUGGAAGCCCUCGGUCUACCACGUGAUGCUGAUCCUCGGCCUCUCCGCCAUCACCAUCUCCUGCUGUGCGUCAGCCAUGUACACCCCGGUGGAGGGCUGGGCCUAUUUAGACUCUCUCUACUUCUGUUUUGUCACCUUCAGCACCAUUGGCUUCGGGGACUACGUCAGCAGUCAGAGCGCGGCUUAUGAGUACCAAGCCCUCUACAGGGUGGCCAACUUCUUGUUCAUGCUCACAGGCGUGUGCUGCAUCUACUCGCUCUUCAAUGUCAUUUCCAUCGUCAUCAAGCAGGUGCUGAACUGGAUGCUGGAGAAAAUGAGCUGCUUGUUCUGCCAGCGCUGUAAUAAAGCCAGCACCUUCCUGGGUCGACGCAACGCCAUCCGCCCCGGAUCGAGGGGUCGGCACGGCCCAUUCGGGCAGCCGCCUGAGUCUGACGGACCUUAUGAUAGCGACACCGAGGGCCGCAGACUCUCAGGAGAGAUGAUUUCUAUGAAAGACCUGGCAGCUUCUAACAAGGUGUCACUGGCCAUCAUGCAGAAACAGCUCUCGGAAUCGGCCAACGGAUACCCCAGGACAGUUUGUGGCAGCUCUCGCCACAACGGCUUCUCUGGGGGCGUCGGUGCUCUUGGAAUCAUGAACAAUCGGCUCGCAGAGACGAGUAAUUCCAGGUAGAGGACUGAGGAGUCACAGGACUCCAACUGUGAACCCCGAGGAUGUCGGCCAUAGAUAACACUUUCUAAACUGUUGCAAAUGUAGCUUGUUAUGCAUGAUCUAUUGGAUGAUAGUGUUUGAUGGUUAUGAUGGCAGUAAAAACAGCAGUGGUGGUUGUAAAAAAAACAAGCACUACAGAGCAGACGAUGAAACUGAUCUGGAAGAGUGGGACCUAAACUCACCCAUUUCAUUCACCAGAACAAACUCCUGGGUCUCAGAGGAGCCUGGGCAAUACGCAUGUAAUCUGAACAGACUGAGGCUCAGUCAACAGGUGAAAGGGAAACAGUUCUUUUGCAUUUGACCAGAUCUUUAGAUGGGGAAAAAUUUAAGUCCCAGGCCAAGCAAAAUUCUAUUUAUUGUGCAGUCUAUAACAGGAAGUAAUGUUACUCAUCUGAGGCUUAUCAAUUUACAAAUAUUUCAGCACAUUUUUCCCGUCAAUCUUUGAGAAGUUCCAGGUGAGUUGCUGACAUAUAGAAAAUGCAUCGUGUCAAACAACCUAACUUGAAGCGCCUCAAUCUUUGUCUGCUAGAAAACAAAGCAAGGGAGGCGAUCAAUUUUUUGUGGUGCAUUUAAUAUUAUCAGGACCCCAGAAAUGUCUUGGCAGGCCAGAUUUGGCCCCCUGGCCUUGGGUUUCUCUUCACCUGCGAUGCGUUCAAGCCCCAUUAAAAUGCCAGCCCUCUUCAAAUCAAUGCAAGACUUUUGAUCGACAAAUCACUUCUGACAUGAAAGAGUUGUAAAGGUGGCGUGAUCACAUGAUGUAUUGGGUUGACUGAGCCUAAAAUGCUUGGAUUCGGAAGACGUGAUUUCUAUGUUGAACCUAAAUAUUCACACUUCUAGAGCGAACACGGAAUGAUAUAGCACAUACUGAUCUAUGCAUUAUACUGUACGUCACACGCAUCUUUUGCACCAUUUCUAGACCUUCCAUCGAUUAUCGGAGUGACAUUUCUCUCUCGGCAUGGGUCACAGGAAGCAGCCAAACACAGAGAGAGGAGUUUCUACGCAUAGCGGUGAUGUAGCAGCUGCUUCCUAUUUUUCUCCAUGGCUGCAGUGAAAGGCGGCAUCUGUGCCGAGUGCCACGCCAAUGGCCAGCAAAUAAUCUAUUUGCUCGCGAUGCAGUUAAGUGCACAGUUGAAGAAUGAAAAUCCAUUUCUCUUGAGGAAGACCCAGCCUUCUUAUCAGCUCCAAACAUACUUCAGCGGCCAAAGACUUUGACUCCAAGGGUAACAGGGAAAAAAAAGGAACACCACCUUCCCACUCGUCUCUUUACAGCUCACAGCAUCUGUGGAGGGAAACAACAGAUAAAAGCUUGCAAUGUCUGAAUUACUCUUCAAACAGUCAGCGUGUUUAUUAAGGCAGAAAGCAUGUUGUUUGUUGCAGAUUGUUUAAAUGUAGGGAUGAAAGUGUGUGUGCAUCAUUCCUUCAUUCAAUAUUCCACAGAGAGAGAGAGUUCAAAACAAUAAAUGGACAUUUUUCCCCCGGUUUCCAGUCUAAAGUCCGACUUAAAGUUGCUCCGCCACGGAGCUUUCUUCACAGUGUACGGCAAAAUCAAGAAAAUAACAAACAUGGAAUUGGCUAACAGCACUGAAGACUAGUCAUCACACCACCAGCGAUGCUGGCUGCGCCACAUUUUUCAGGGGCCAAUGUUUUAAAACCAUUAAUAGGGUAUGGAUGAAAGGAAUGUUUCUCUAUGUGGAUCUAUGUUUCUCUUCGGUCAGUGCAGCUCGUCUUUCACUUCCUUUAAAAACUGUGACGCUCUCAGUGUGACGUUUCUUCAAGACUGGCAAAAGUGCCGACCGCUUUAAUCUCAGCUCAAGAUCUCAGCUUGAUCAAGGCCACAUAAACUGAGCUCAAAGGCUCCAUGGUCUCCAAAGACUUCUUGCGAGAUUCAUAGUGUCACCUUCUUGGUGAACCUUAAUACAAUCGGACACCUUCACUACACAGCUGUGAGACACCACACUUCUCUUGAUCAAGCUGGAUAAAAGUUUCGUGAAGUUUCAUGAAACCGUGUCCUAAUAUUCAGAGGCCACUAGGUGGCACUGUCUGCAGCAUAAACAGUGGGUUUGAAUGAUUAUUUCAGUGAAACGUCACAUCAUUUUCUACCAAGAACUCCACCUCCUGAGCUCUGAAAAUUAGGACGCUGUUUCAUGAAACCUCAUGGACCCGUCACUGAUGAAAAACAAAUCCAUUCAGCCGAUUCAUCCAUCAGACAAUAACCAAUACUCCUCAGGUCAUAUGCUUGCAUGACAUUUGAGACCUCCAGUGGGAGCCUCAGAUAUACUGAAAUAUGUACCUAAAUUUAAAAAAAUCUUGGAAAAUGAAUUCAAAUGGACUUUGUGAAGCUUACCAAUAUAACCUCUCCUUAAAUUUUUAAACUGAAGCCCAAAAGAAGAACUGUAGUCUCAUGCUACAACUCUAUUUUACUCACCCACUCGAGGCUUUUGAACCCCGUCCGUCGCGGUAGCUACUAAUUUCCCUCCGACUUGAAUGUCACACCCGCCUGCCAACCUUUCCGGCACGCGGCCUGACUCAUUCAUAAAUCAGUCGGGAUCUUGGGGGCAUUAAAGGGAAAAGUCUCCGCACCUCUGCAGCAUGUGAAGUCAGGGGGCAGCUGGCAUUGCCCCCAUAAAAAUCAGGAAAAUUAAAUAUGAAUCACAACCGUAUUCCCUCAUUUUCAGGCCUCAGAUAAAACAUGAUAUUCAUAGCAAUCCAAAGAAGUGCAUUUUUAGUAUUUUAUUCGGAUAUUAAAUGAAGGAAUGACACACAAGCCACGGAGAAUGUGUUUUAAGACACGUCUUGAAUUAUCUGAGGAGCGAUGAGGCAGCGGUGUUGUGAGCAUGAUCCAAAGAAAGACCUGCAGUGGUUUAUUUUUCUGGUGAUCUGUGUAAAUGUGUGACAGAGGAUUAAUGGGUGCGGGUGUUGGCGGAGGACGCAGCGCUGGCCCGACAGGCUGUGCACGAUCAAUGUCCUCCUCGCUGCUAACCAACUAUUCCUUAGAUUUAAGGCCCCGUGAUGGUGUUUGAUAAUCACAAACAGACCCGUGGAGGAGGAGUGGUGGUUAGUCAACCCACUGAUAAAAGCUGGGAGCAGCCGCGAGGCGGUGGGAGUUUCCAUUUAAUCCACUGUUAAAUGGAAAUCAGAAGCUUAUCUCGACCUCUCCCUGCACCUAUCUCUCCAGCAUCGAAUAACCUCCCGGACCCUCGCUUCUUUUACGCCGCCGUUCCUGCGCACACACCCUGCACCAAAUCUCUCCUGCAGAUCUCUGCACUCCCCUCACUCUUACACUGUGAAGACAUGCCAUAAAAUAUACAUUGUAUAUGAAUAAUAUCCUGCGUUUACCACUGAAUAUUUAGUUUGCCGCGAUGAUCUGAAUGUAUCAUUGUUGAUUUAUUUUCACGGUUUGUCCCACCAAGACGAAUAUAGAAAAAUGACUCAGGUAGUUACUCUUCAGGCUUGUCUUAGUUUUGCAUGUGGUUAUGGUGAAGCCAUACGUGAUAGCUGUACAUAAGACACUAGAAUCUUUGAAAUAUAUUUUUCUACUUUCAAAUGUGUAAAAAUAAAAGGGAGUGACUGAACGUCUUGCUGUUACAUGUCUGUCGUCAAACAGGUCAGAUGAAGCCUCUUACACUUCCUGUGAUAACACUUCCCUUCCGCUUGAAUAGAACAAUGUAAAGAGCUUUUUCUGCGAGAUUAUAAACGGAUGCCACCCUGAAUGCUGUAAGAUACCGAUCGAGCUGUGGUCAGCAGCUUUAGAAACGGCAGAUUGGAGGCGGGAAGAAAAGCAAUAACACCUUAAUAUUACACCACACACCUCUCCUGCCGUCGACAGGAUUAGAAGAACAGCAUAUGAGGCAAAAAUUUAAAACAGCAAGUGAAAAAAACUCAAUUAAACCAAUGCUGUUGAUCAUAACGGCACAGAGUUGACAAUUCACAACAUGUUCUCUCCUUGUGAUUUUAGAGGACGGUCAAGGAAGAAAAAAAAAAUCAAUAAUCUUUAUGGCUCUGUUGCGGACAUAUUGAAAGUGUCCUCGGUUUCAGAGCCUAUAACAAGGCAUCUUCUUCUCUGAAAUCUCAACAUUUAACUGAAACCUCAUAUCAUUUUUAAACUGAGAGAGCCAUCCUCAUCCUCCACUAUUUCAUGAAGCCUCACCAGUCCAUCACUUGUUGCUGCUCUCUGACACUGUCAACAAGUUAGUUCAUCUUCGUGGUACGUCUCUGUUCAACAGGUUUGUUCCAAAAAUACUUGUUGGGUUGUUUGGUUGUUCACGGGCCAUUUGCGGCCCCCAAGAUGCAGUUUUGCAAUUUUGGCAUGGGUGUGGCCCCCACAAGCCACCCACUCCAUUCAUUUUGUGCCAGGGGACAAUGGAAAUUGAACACAAUUUGAUGGUUUGAUUGGAACAAAAAAACCCUCACACUGUGGCCCAGCAUCACUAAAACUUGUCCCCCUUCAGUCAUUUCACAUUAUUAAUAUAGAAUAAAAAUGAAUUAUAUUUAAUAGUUAUUAAUCUGCUGCACCCCUGUGAAUAAUCUGACAGAAGAUUUCAUGUUUUGUUGAAAAUUGUCAACACAUUUUCACUCCUGAGGCAUCACAUAUCGACUCUCUUCUCAUGUCAGUAUUGGAAAAGUCUGCUGUCUGUGACGUGCAGGUGUCACUCCCAUAGCAUUUCAUGACGUUUAAAAAGGGCAUGAAGUGCAUGUUACUUGGUAUGUGGAGUACCAUAUGUGUGUAACGUGCAUGAUGCGCAUGGUCAUAUGAGGUACCAUGUUUAUCAAGUGAACUUGAAGAGCGCCACCACAUGGCUUCAUCCUCAUCCCAACCGUUUUUUCCAUGUGACACUCUGCCUAUGGAAUCAGGAAAUGUAAUUCAAUUGAGAUUGCAACGUGAACAUGUGACACAGGAGGCUGACAUCUGCAUCACUCUAGAUCAUAAAAAUCCUCUUGACAAAAUGUGAUCUCUUUAGGCCCAUGUAUGCUCCCUUGUAUGAAAUUCUACACGUCUGUUUCAAACAAUGUUGACGUCACUGAUCACAUGCUUCCAUGUGUUUACGUUGAUAUUGCAGCUCACCAAUAUAUCCACCAGGGGGAGCAGCCCACAGUCAAAAGUUUAUGACAACGACAAACUCCUAAACCAACAUGGUGACUGUGAAAGAAGUACUGAUAAUGUACCUCUUGCAUAAAAGAGGAAAACAGAGGCAACGUUGUAGGAGACAGUGAUCGGUGAGGCCAUAAAAUAUAUCGUGACUGGAGGUCGGAUAAUUUCCGCCAUUUUUAUGUCGUCUUCGUGUACCAUCAGAACUGCGUAUCGGGUGGUAAACAGCAACACUGCCCCCAUGGUUUCUGGUGGUACUGGUCCGUUUGGUCCAUAGCUGUAAGCGUGCUGAAAUCUGGGUCUGUAGGAGUGAGAAUGCGUUGUUAGUUGUGGCACAAAGACGACAUGCUAAUAAUCUGAAACUGGAGUCAAACAUGUCCCAAACAUGUCACACCUAUGUAGUAAUGUAGUCUGCACCACGCACAAUUCGUGGAGUCUAAAAACCCAAUGAAUCUAUGAAUCCAUGAGUUCAGAUCUCAUCCAAGAUAAUAAGGAUUCAGGAAAUACAAACAGACAGCCGAUGACAUUGUUUUAAACCGGUUUGCUACAGAUUCAGGGUGGUAUCAAUUAUCUCCUCCAUCCACAGGACAGCUCAUAAAUGUACCCACGUUUAGGACUUGUAUGUGUAAGAAACCUUGACAGCCAGUGUGUGUGGAUACUGUGAAUCACUGGCUGUACUUCAUGAGACAUUGCAGGCACGGGGAAUAAUAGGCCUGGGGUUAUCUGAGCUGCCGCAAUAGUGGAACUUAAUAUAUCAGUGUUCACUUUCCAUUAUACCUCUUGGGCCAUUACUCUGGAAAAAAAUACAUCUUUCGGCUCCAACAAUGUGAAGCUCGAUUUCCCAUAUGAGGCUUAAAGAUAUAACAGGGGAGUUUUCGCAGAACAGACCCAUUUAUUCUAUAAAAUAUGUAUCUUUGAACCCGCAUUUAUCUGAUAGCAUGUUUGCAUUUGUCUGUCUAAGCAGGCCUGUAAGCCCCCCACACCCCCCAACCCUUCUACCCAAAUGUUAUUUGAAAUGAUGUCCAUUAAAACUGUAUUUUUCUUGAGCCUGAAGGACCAUUUGAGAAAUGCAGUAUUGAGGGUAUUACUUUGCUCACUUUAAAUGCAUGUGUGUCUUGAAAUUUGCCUUACUUUAGUGUGUUUAUACACCAUUGUUCAGAUGGAGAUUUUGUGUGGUGUCUUGUACAAUCUUUUUCAUUUUUUUUUUUUUGCAGUUGCAAAACUGAUCUCCAUUGAUUGCAAUGGUUUUAAGUGUCUCUGCGAUGUCGUCUGUAAAGGACGCCAAAGGAACUGCAACAAGGCGGGACUUUGUUAUCACAGAAAGGUGUCUUGAAUGUUUCUAAAGGUUAUAAAAGAGCAGAAACCGUAUGCUAUUUAUUCUAUUUAAUAUUAAAAGCAUUAUUUUGACAACACCAAAUCCAACUAGUUGAAAACGCUGCGAUGUGAACAUUUCUCCGAUGAAGCUGUUGUUUGGCUUUUUUGUCACACUGUGGAAACCUCCAACUUGAAAGCAGCAAGCUUCAUGAACAAGAUGUGUCAGUUGAAACCAGUGGGCAGGAGAACAGCUCAGUAACAAGAUGAUGUAUUACAGUCCUGCGAGCAAACCUCCACUGAAACGCUACCUUGGAUUUGAAGCCUGGCUGGUAGAUUCUGGACAAGUCCGCCUGGUGUUUCACUAUAAAGACUGAUGGUGUGAAGCCGUGCGUGCGGCGCUUUCCGAACAGCAGAGAAAUACGUUGUGUGAGUUCUCACUUUGACCUUUGACUCCUUGUCUCAUGUUGCUUGCUCUCAAGUUGUGGUGUAACACUGAGGACUUCAGUUUGCAAGUUGCACAUUUAUACC